GAGCUGGGGGCCUGGGCCGUGCCCACUGCGGCGGAGGGCCCAGGGCCGCUGCACUGCUGGCCAGCGGGCGAGUGAAGCGUGGCUGGGUCUGGAACCAAUUCUUUGUGGUGGAGGAGUACACGGGCACGGAGCCGCUGUACGUGGGGAAGAUCCACUCAGACUCGGAUGAGGGGGACGGCUCCAUCAAGUACACGAUCUCCGGGGAGGGCGCAGGGACCAUCUUCCUCAUCGACGAAAUCACGGGUGACAUCCACGCCACCGAGCGCCUGGACCGGGAGCAGAAAACCUUCUACACACUGCGGGCUCAGGCUCGCGACCGGCAGACGGACCAGCUGCUGGAGCCUGAGUCAGAGUUCAUCAUCAAGGUGCAGGACAUCAACGACAGUGAGCCACGCUUCCUGGAGGGACCCUACAUUGGCAGCGUGGCUGAGCUGUCCCCCGUUGGCACCUCUGUGAUGCAGGUGAUGGCAUCUGAUGCUGAUGACCCCACCUAUGGAAGCAGUGCCCGGGUAGUCUACAGUGUGCUGGAGGGCGAGCAGCACUUCACUGUGGACAGUAAAACAGGUGUGAUCCGGACGGCCGUGGCUGACCUGGACCGAGAGACACAGGACCGCUAUGAGGUGGUGAUCCGCGCCACAGACAUGGCAGGGCAGCUGGGGGGCCUGUCUGGAUCCACCACAGUCACCAUCGUAGUCACUGACGUCAAUGACAACCCACCACGCUUCCCUCAGAAGAUGUAUCAGUUCAGCGUUGCUGAGACGGCGCCCGUGGGCACUGCCAUCGGGAGGGUGAGGGCAGAGGACUCGGACGUCGGGGAGAACACGGACAUGACCUAUCAGGUGAAGGAUGAGGAAGGGGUGGAGAUGUUCAAAGUCACCACAGACAGCAAUACCCAAGAGGCUGUCAUCACGGUACAGAAGCCUCUCGACUAUGAGUCGAAGAAAGUGCACACUGUCGUGGUGGAGGCCCUCAACAAGUUUGUGGACCCGCGGUUCGUGGACCUGGGCACCUUCCGGGACCAGACCAUCGUGCGAGUGUCGGUGCUGGACGUGGACGAGCCGCCCGAGUUCCGCCCGCCCUCCAGCCUGAUGGAGGUCCAGGAGGACGCCCACGUGGGCUCUGUCGUGGGGGUGGUCACUGCCCUCGACCCGGAACCAGCCAAACGUCCUGUCCGGUACUCCAUCGACCGCAGCACAGACGUGGAGAGGAUCUUUGACAUCGAUGCCAACACAGGUGCCAUUGUGACAGGAAAGGUCCUGGACCGGGAGACAGCAGGGUGGCACAACAUCACUGUCCUGGCCAUGGAGGCAGAUAAUCACUCCCAGGUGUCAAGAGCCUCUCUCCGUAUCCGUAUCCUGGAUGUGAACGACAAUCCGCCCGAGCUCGCCACCCCCUAUGAGGCUGCUGUGUGUGAGGAUGCCAAGCCAGGCCAGCUGAUCCACACGAUAAGCGUUGUGGACCGUGAUGAACCUCAGAGCGACCAUCGUUUCUACUUCACUCUGGCACCUGAAGCCACCAACAGCCACCAUUUUUCUCUGCUGGAUAUUAAGG